UCUGUCCCGGGACAGCUGUGGAGCCGGCUAAGGUUGCAGGUAGGGUGCCGAGCUAGCCCAGCCUGCCGCCUGCCGUCUGACACCCGCCCAGGCGCAUCCUCUCCCGAGCUGCCGCCGCUGCCGCACAGAUCCCAGGGGAUCUCAUGAAGAAGCAUCCAACAUGCAUCUGAAAAAAUAUCUGGUGAAAUGUUUGCACCGCCUUCAGAAAGGGCCAGGCUAUACCUACAAGGAGCUUCUGAUCUGGUACUGUGACAACACCAACACUCAUGGACCCAAACGCAUCAUCUGUGAGGGGCCCAAGAAGCAGGUGAUGUGGUUUAUCCUCACCUUGCUGUUUGCCUCCCUGGUCUUGUGGCAGUGGAGCAACUUCAUUCAGACUUACCUCAGCUGGGAGGUCAGCGUGACCCUCGCCAUCGGCUUCAAAACUAUGGAAUUCCCAGCGGUCACAAUCUGCAAUGCCAGCCCUUUCCGGUAUUCUAAGGUAAAGCAUCUUCUGAAGGAUCUGGAUGACCUGAUGGAAGCUGCUCUAGAGACUAUUCUAACACUCGAGUCUGGUCCUGGCCGUGUUAAUUACACAGAAAGUCUGAACUUGACCAUCUGGAACCACACACCCCUGGUGGUAAUUGAUAAACGAGACCCCGACCACCCUGUCAUCUUGGACCUUUUUGCCUUUGGUCAUAAUAAUUCUAAGGCAAUCUCCCCAUCUCCACAUGGGAACUGCGAUGCCCAAAAGUGCAGAGUCGCCAUGAGGCUGUGCAGUCAAAAUGGCACCAUAUGCACCUAUCGGAACUUCACCAGUGCUGCCCAGGCAAUGAAAGAAUGGUACAUCCUGCAGUCCACCAGCAUCCUCUCUCAGGUGCCUCUGAAAGAGAGGAUCCAGAUGGGCUACCCAGCAAAGCAGAUGAUCCUGGCCUGCCUAUUUGGGGCAGAACCUUGCAAUCACAGGAACUUCACUCCAGUAUUUCACCCAGACUAUGGCAACUGCUAUGUCUUCAACUGGGGCAUGAAGGAAAAAGCCCUGCUUUCCUCCAACCCUGGAACUGAGUUCGGCCUGAAAUUAAUCCUGGACAUCGACCAGCAGGAUUACGUCCACUACCUCACCUCCACGGCUGGCGUCAGACUGAUGCUCCAUGAGCAAAAGGCCUACCCUUUUCUCAAAGAUGGGGGAAUCUACGCCAUGCCAGGAACAGAGACUUCCAUUGGCGUGCUGGUGGAUAAACUGGAGCGGAUAGGCGAGCCCUAUAGCCAGUGUACCAUCAAUGGAUCCGAUGUUCAGGUCCUCAACCUCUACAAUGAAUUUAACACCUCCUACUCAAUACAGGCCUGCCUUCGAUCCUGCUUCCAAGAACACAUGAUUCACAACUGCUCCUGCGGUCAUUACCUGUAUCCCCUUCCUAAGGGGGAAAAAUAUUGCAACAACCAAGACUUUCCUGACUGGGCAUACUGUUACUCAGCCCUUCGAAUGAGUGUGGAACAUAGAGAAAACUGCAUCAGCCUCUGUAAGGAGUCCUGCAAUGAUACACAGUACAAGAUGACUAUCUCCAUGGCUGACUGGCCAUCUGAGGCCUCUGAGGACUGGAUUUUCCAUGUUUUGUCUUAUGAACGUGAUCAAACAUCCAACCUGACUAUAGACAGGAAAGGAAUUGUCAAGCUCAACAUUUACUUCCAAGAAUUCAACUUUCGGACAUUUGCCGAGUCAGCAGCAAACAAUGUGGUAUGGUUACUCUCCAGCCUGGGUGGCCAGUUUGGGUUCUGGAUGGGCGGCUCCGUACUGUGCAUCAUCGAGUUUGGGGAGAUCAUCAUCGACUGUGUCUGGAUCACCAUCAUCAAACUGGUGGCCUGGGCCAAGGGCCUGAAGCAGCGGCGGGCCCAGGCUCGCUACGAGGGUCCCCCGCCCACAGUGGCAGAGCUGGUGGAGGCCCACACCAACUUUGGCUUCCAACGUGAUACUGAACGUGACACUAAUCCCCCUCACGUCCCUGAGGACUACCCAGAUGAGCAGGCCCUGCCCAUCCCAGGCACUCCACCUCCCAACUAUGAUUCCCUGCGCCUACAGCCCCUCGAUGUCAUUGAGUCAGAUAAUGAGGGGGAGGCCAUCUAGGCUCUGGGCUUUAUCUUACAAUAUCCUGUGGAUGGUGGGGAAGGCCAGAGUGAUGUAAAAAGAAGAAAACAACUUCAAAUGUUCCACUGGGGAUUUUUCACUGCCUACAGCCCUCAUGCUGGACAGAACAGGCUCAUGGGUCAUUUCCUGAAUAUCUUUACCCUGCUGUUGAGCCUAGCAUUCACCAGCUCUCUAUUCAUUUACAAAGAGCCUUCAUUUUUUCCUUUGUUUCACUUCCCUCAUACACAAACGAGGCUGAAAUUCAUACCAAUCUAGAGAAAUCUGAGAAUGUGAUAAAGGAUUCAAGUAAUUGAUGGGAUCCUAGAUUUAGCACUAGAAGAGUCCUUAAAGACCUUUUAGCCCAAUUAUCUCAUUUUAUGGAUGAGGAAACUGAGACCUAGGGAAGUUAAGUAAAUGGCAUAGCUGGAAUUUACCCAUUGUUCUUUCUAUGGCAUCAAGAUAAUCAGACUUCUGACCCUGACAUUGCAAGUGAACUCAGCUGAGAAAGCGUGAGGUAAUCUGGACCCUAAUCCUAUGCUUUAAUAUAACCUUAAUGUUCUGUCCUGUCAAACAGCCCUGGCCAGUAAGCCAUCCUGUCAUAAGAGUCAUCCCUGGAUUAGAAGUACCAGGCCAGAACCUAGAGGGCCCUGGAGGAAGCCCUUUUUUACCUGUCAGGGUGUUGUGUGCCCCCCAGCAAGAGGCAAAAUCUCUAUUCUUAUUCAGUAAGUGAAAAAAGUAGAAGCUAGUAGUGAUCCCAUCAACUUCUGGCUGCUCUACCUCAUCAGAGCACCUCUACCCAAGUUCCCAGAAUCAGUUUUCUCAUCCACAUCCAAUAACUUGUCAGUCUGGAGGGUAGAUAAAGAGAGAUCAGUGAGCUGUAUGUAUGACAACUUGUUUAUUCAGAAUUUUAAAAGUGAUAAUUUUGUGUUUCUAAAGUGACUGGUAGCUUUGUAUUGGCUUAGUGAGUAUGUACAUGAGGUGUCCAAGGCCCUGAUUUGGAGAACUUGGAGUGGUUGAAAACACAUAGGAUUUACAAUAAUAAUUGAGUUUGUGCUUUGAGUUAAUUUUCAGUCUACUAUACUAUAAUGCCUUUCUUUCUUCUCUAAUGAGUAAGAGGGGAAAAAGACAACAGUAACUCAAACUUUGUCCUGUGCCAUUGUGAUCCCAAUAGGAUUUGCCAGAGCAAUAUCUAAUACUGAGAAGGCUAAAUUCCUUCCUGGACUGCUUCAUUCAUAUGGCUUCCUGCAGGCCAAAAUUAUGUUCAGCAAGGACAUAGGGGUUUUUAAAUAUCAUAAAGUUCCAUUCAUGGGGCUUAUAAUUCUAUAAUUCAGGGAUUGCCCCUGAGGUAAAAAAAAAAAAAAUUAAUUGUUCCAAGGUUUUUAGGAACAAUAACCUGACCCUAUAUUUCCCUACUAGCUCCCAGGGCAGGAAGAAAAGUGACAGCCUUCCUGGAUGGGCUCCACUUUACAGCGUUAGCUUUCCUACUGGCACAUACUAGUUAAUCUCUCCUGGAAACAAAUACACAUCUCCCAUAAAGUGCCCUGGGAGAGGGGUGCACCUGUUCACCUUGUCCCCUCCAUCAUCACUGAUACAAACACCAGCUGGUGUGAACCAAAUGGAUUGGCUUAAAAUGAGCCAUAAAGGACAGUGCCAGGUGGAAAGGGACAACUGGAAGCUAUUCUUCCCCACUGGGCAGUGUGAUCCCGAAAAUGCCACCUGGACCCUGAGCUCCUCCCAACAUCACAGGCUAGAUGAUCUCCAACUAACUUCCCAUUAAAACUACCUUGCCCUUUCCCCAGCGCCUAACUAGGGGAAGGAGCAUAUCAGAGCUUCGUCCUAGGCCAGAAAAUUAAAGGAUGUGGCAGCACUGUCUCCUGGUGUACUCAUCCCUCUUUCCUCAAACAGCAGAGAACUUAUCCUAGUGUCUUUCCCCUAGUUUCAAGGAGCACAUAUGUCCCCAGCAAUUUUGUGUCGGGCCCUCUCCAUGUUACCAGGAGUAACUUUGGCCAUUUCUUCUCUCCUAAGAGAAACCAGUUCUUAAAUAACAUAAGAACCUCUGAUAUCUCUAGGACAGGCCUCUCUCUCCAAUCCCCCAUUUGAAAUCCAAGUGAACCUUCCCAUCCCCUUGCCUCAGACACAAAAAUUGCUAGUUAGAGCUCUGUUUUUCUCCCCUAAUCUCAGAUUUGAGUGGGCUCUAGUGAGGGAAUCUUAUAAUAUAAAAGACUUUGUACACACAUACACAUAUACACACACACACACAAAUUACCUGCCCCCUCUAACAAAUGGACCCCUAACCUAGCAGACGUUUCUCAAAGAUGUGUCAUUUAUUAUCACUAUUGCCAUCACCACCAUCUCCUAUUGGUGUGGAGUACUCUACUUUUCCUAGCAUCACCUCACUUUGUCUUCAACAACUUUGUUAGGCAGGAAUGGGAUCAUUAUCCCACUCCCUAAAAAGAUGCCCUAAGUCAUAUACUAGUGACAGGACUCAGGACUAGAUUUAUGUUGCCCAACUAUGAAAAUAUGGAUAGACUCACCUCCACUGUUGAGACCCUGCCAGUGGUAAGUCAGUGCCAUCACUGAAUAUGUAGAAGAGGACAUUGUCUUAAUUACUACCUAAAGCUCUUUAAAUAGAAGAGACUUGCCUCAUUCACACUGGGGAUGAGAUUGGCUCCCACUUUUUGCAUGAGUGACAGUAUCAAAAGCAGAGCUAACCUGAGAAUGAGAAGGAUGAGGGACUUCAUUUUGGGUAAAGUUUUCAUUUUAACCCACCUUCUUUUUCUACAAUUCUUUUUGAUUCUUUCUCAUUGGGGUCAUCAUCCAGAGCCUCAACACCCCUAGACCUUAUUUUUAGACUUGACUGUUUCUUUUUAGUCUAAUAUCAUUGUAAUAGUGAUCAUUUCUUUACUGAAUCCAAACUCAAUCAACCAACAAGCCUGAGAGCAUCCCUUUAUAUCCACAGUGAACCUCAGGAAGUGAUUUUCCUGAAGUCCCCCAUCCUUCUCAUUCUCAGGGCCACAAAGAAAGCAUUAAAAACAGCCACAGGAGAAAGAAAUAGAGAAGAGAGAAAUCUUGGAGUGGAUGAGCCUAAAAUGUGCUGCUCCAGAAGGAAAAUGUAGCUCACGAAACUGAGAAAAGAAUAUUCUGAGUAAUGGAAGGCCAAGGAUGACAGGACCAUAGAUUUAGGGAUGAAGCCCAGCCCUCUCCUUUUACAGAGGAGGAAACGAACCUCAAGUUAAAUUUCUCAGAAUCACAUAGAGUCAGGAUCUGAACCCAGUUAUAGCAUUCCUUCAGGGUACUACCCUGACUGUAGAGCAAAGGGAUUCUUAAUUUUUGAUCUUUGAACAUUUUUCAUAUUUUUAUAACUAUAUUUCAAUGUAAUUGGUUUCCUUGGUGUCCUAUGUAUUUUAUUUUAAGUACUUAUUUAUAGUAUUUUGAGAGGGGGGGGUCCAUAGACCCCCUCAUACUGCCAAAGGCAUUUAUGACACACAAAAAGUUAAAUUUGGGAAUUUCUGCCAGGAAAACACGAAAGUCAAAUGGUUGAUCCCAAUGGAUCCAUAGAAUUUUUUUCUUGAGGUCACAGGAUGAUUUGAGGUUUGUCCAGAAAAAAAAAAAAAAAAGACCAGAUUUCUCUGAGAAUCAAAGUUACUAAGAGGUAGCAUGGGUGAGAAAAGCAGAAGGAUAAACCAACAGGGAUGAACAAACAGUAAGGCCCAAGUAUCAGACUAAUCCAGCAACCUGUGGAUAAAAGAAGAAUGGAAACUGAGAACCUGAGAGAGAUAAAUUAAUGCUUUAAAUCUCCUUAAAGCCAAGUGAGAGGCAUACUUCUAAUUCACUAACGUUGCAUAUAUAAUCUGUUCCUUGAGAUUCUCUCUCACUAUAAUAAAGAAAUUUGCACAUUA